AUGGACGGGCAGAACAACGCGCACGCAGGCGGCGAGGCCAGUCAAGCGGGCGGUAGUGGCGAGCGGCGGGAAGUGCCGAACCGGCAGUUCUACCUGCAGGUGGCGAACGCGACGACGGCCAUGCAGGUGGUGGCCGGCGAGAUCUCCGCGCUCUGCCGCCUCGCCGCCGACGGGGUGGCCAUAUCGGCCGUCAGCCCGCUCUUCAGCACCUUCGCCGCCUUUCCCAACUUCGACCCGCUUCACUUCAAGGCCGCGGCCCUCGCAGUUGCCGCCGCUGCCUCUUCGCUCCCCGCUGCCGGAGCGAACGCUGCCCCCGGCCCAGGCUCAGCGGUCGCGGCAUCCCCCGCGGUCGCCGCCACUCCCGACGCGGCUGCUGCUAAAGCGGUUGCGGGGCCGAGCGGCGGGAAGGAGGAGAAGGCGAAGAAGGAGAAGCGGCCGCUGUCCGCCGUGCAGAUGGCGAUGACGCAGUUCCUCUCCGAGGAGCGCGACCGCCUCCUCGCGCAGGGCGCCGCCUCCACCCCCGGCCAGGCGUACCAGAUGGCGCGACGGCGGUGGAACGAAAUGCGCGAGGCGAACGGGCAGGGGAAGAAGAAGAACAAGGGGAAGAAGCCCGAUGCGGAGCACGAGGAGAAGCAUGGCGAGGAAGGCGAAGAAAAGGAGGAAGGCGAGGAAAAAGAGGAAGGUGAGGAAGUUGAGGAGGUACCGAUUCAGCUGGGCGACGCGGCGAUGGAGGAAGGUGAGGAAGGGGAGGAGAAAGAGGAGGAGAAAGAGGAGGAGAAGAAGGAUAAGAGCAAGGGCAAGGCGCGUGAAGAGGAGGAAGCAACGGGGAAGAAGUCGGGCAAGGGGAAGGAGAAGGUGGCUGAGGACAACGGCCCCGCUGGUGGCGGCAGCAGCGCGGGUGGCGGCAGCAGCGGAGGCAAGAGGCGCAAGAGGAAGCAGGGCGACGAGCGCGUGGCUACCUCGCCUGCCACCACGCCCGGGACCUCCGCUGCUGCCGCCACUGCUACCACUCCUGCUGCUGCCCGCUCUCCUGCCAGCACUCGUGCUGCUGGCACUCCGGGCGGGGAGGCGAAGGCAGGCAGCACGCCAGGCAAGCAGGCGAAGAAGAAGAAGAAGGCGCAGGGAGGGGUGACGCCGGAUAAGGCACAGUGA